CAGGAUUGAGCUAAGCGAGGCUCAUAGAGCCGACGCGUUACUUGUAUAUAAAACUUUUGUUUUUCUUUAUGGAUUAUUUAUAAUAUAAUAACAAGACAAAAAACAAAAGAAAUCAAAAAUUAUGAUUCGUCGAGUUAUCUAUGAUGUUGAAUUUUGUGUACUUGUUAAAGAAAAAUUAACUCCAUUUGAUAGUGUUCUUGUUAUUGGUUCAUGUGAACAAUUAGGUGAAUGGUUACCAAAUCGUUGUAUACCAUUAAAUCGUUCGGAUAAAAUAGAUCAAGGUGAAAAUAUGGUCAACUAUUAUUAA